AUGCCCGAAGAAAAUCCAUUGAAAGUUAUCGAUCUUAAAAACCCUGAUAAGCAACAGAUCGUUGAUGAUUUGCUAGAAGCUGCCCAAACCCAAGGGUUCCUUUUCAUCGAUGGUCAUGACUUUUCUCAAAAAGAAAUUGAUGAAUUACUCGGACUUUCCAAGAAAUUCUUUCAAUUACCAACCCUUGAGAAAGCAAAGUAUCCAAUCGACGAAACCAACAAGGGUUACUCGUGCUUGCGAUCGGAGAAAUUGGACCUUUCUGAAGAAGCAAAAACCAGUGGCGAUCCAAAAGAAGCUUGGAAUUUCGGGGAUAUCACUUUCGAAGAUGGUAAACCACAUCAAGACAUGCCUCUAUUGUUUAAAGAUCCGGUCAAUGAGAAGCUCGUCGAAACUGUUAAUAAGAAACUCUACCAUGUGAUAUUGGAGAGCUUGCGAUACUUAUCUAUUGGGUUGAAGAUCGAAAAAGCAGCUGGCGGAGAACACUGGUUUGCUAACAAGAACCGUCCUAAUGAACCUAAUGGCUCGAUUCUCCGAUUCUUGAAAUACCCGUCUCAAGACUCAUUUGACUCAAGUACUUUGAUCAGAGCGGGGGCCCACACUGAUUACGGGACUGUCACAGCACUUUUCCAAUUCGAAGGCCAGGAGGGAUUGGAAAUCUAUGCUAAUGGCUGGAAGAAAGUCCCAUAUAUCAGCAGCAAGUAUCCAGGAUCGGCGCCUCCGUUGAUUGUCAACUUUGGUGAUCAGUUGUCGUACUGGACCGCGGGAAUCUUGAAGUCGACCAUCCACAGAGUCCAGUUCCCGGAAUCAAGUAUUCGUGAUAAAAAGGAUCGAUACUCUAUUGUGUUCUUCUCACAUCCUGAGCACGAUACCUUGUUGGAACCAAUUCCUAGCGAUAUCAUUAGGGCGGCCAAGGGAAGAGGUGCCAACAACACCGCCGAUGGGGACUUGUUGACCGCCAGACAGCAUUUGGAUAAUAAGCUCAAUGCCACCUAUUUCCGUAAGUAA